GCCGCCGCCCCAGGAUGCUGCCCCCCUCCCGCACCCAGCUGGGGCUUUUCUUCAUCUUACUGUGCCCGGCCAACAUCAUCGGGCUGUGGUGGGCAGUGGGCAGCCCAUUGGUCAUGGAUCCCAACAGCAUCUGCCGCAAGACCAAGAGACUGGCUGGGAAGCAGGCUGAACUGUGCCAGACAGAGCCAGAGAUAGUACAAGAAGUUGCCAAGGGUGCCAGGCUGGGUGUGCGUGAAUGCCAAUAUCAAUUCCGCUUCCGCCGCUGGAAUUGUACCAGCCACAGCAAAUAUUUUGGCAAGAUCCUACAGCAGGAUAUCCGGGAGACCGCCUUCGUCUACGCCAUCACGGCGGCCGGGGUGAGCCACGCGGUCACGCAGGCCUGCAGUAUGGGUGAGCUGCUGCAGUGUGGCUGCGAGGCGACUCGGAGCCGGGCCCCUCCGCUGCCUGCUGCCCUCACUGGGCCCGAGGGCUCCGCUUGGGAGUGGGGCGGCUGCGGCGAUGAUGUCGACUUUGGCUACGAGAAGUCCCGCCAGUUUAUGGACGCGAAGCGCAAGCGCGGCAAAAGCGACAUUCGCACCCUCAUCGACCUGCACAACAACGAAGCAGGACGCCUGGUGGUGAGGAAUCACAUGCGGACAGAGUGCAAGUGCCACGGGCUUUCGGGUUCCUGUGCCCUACGCACCUGUUGGAAGAAGAUGCCCCCUUUCCGGGAGGUGGGUGACCGCCUGCUUGAACGUUUCAAUGGGGCUUUUAAAGUGAUGGGAGGCAACGAUGGUAAAACACUCAUCCCAGUGGGCCGGAACAUCAAGCCUCCAGAUCGGCAGGACCUCAUCUACUCUGCUGACUCACCUGACUUCUGUGUUGCAAACCGCAAGACAGGAUCACUGGGCACACGUGGGCGAGUGUGCAACAGCACUGCCAUGGAUGUGAGCGGCUGUGACUUGCUGUGCUGUGGGCGUGGUCACCGCGAUGAGACGCUGCUUCUGGAGGAGAAUUGCCUUUGCCGCUUUCAUUGGUGCUGUGUGGUACAGUGCCGAAAAUGCACAGUCCGCAAGGAACUCAGUUUGUGCAUUUGAAUGGGUUCGAAAAGGACAUUGGACAGGAAUAGCACGGAGUGGGGAGAUGGAGAGUGGACCCAGUCUGCCACAGAAUCCUGAGACUGGAAGCAUAACCAAGCUGUCAUGGCUCCAGGGACGUGAUGUUGGUCUGGCCUGGAGUUGCAGAACAGACUGCCAGAAAAUCCAGGGACAGAUCAGGUCCACCAUGUCUCCUCAGAACAUGCAUUGCAUCCAAGUCCUUGGGGUCCAGCAGAGUUUACUGCUUACAGCACUUGAUUACGGACCUCCUCUGUGACAGGUCCUUCAUAUUCCAUGCCAAGCUGUGGCUCCAGAUGGGUCCAUCUCUUCCUAUGUGGACACAUGUUCUUGGAGGCAAAGGUCUCCUGUAUCACCUUUCUCCCAUUAUCGGCUCCAACUGCUUGGUCCCAUGUGGGUCUGUGACCAUGCGUCACGCACAGAUUCCCUGGAGGGAUGUGUUAUGGCUCACUUAUUAGUGGAUCUUUACUGUGUUUGAGAGAACAGCAGAGAUUCCUCGACUGCUCACUCCCAUGACUUCUUUGCUUCCCAUCAGCUAGGGCUGGGGCUGCAGUUUCUUUCUACUUUAAUAAAGCUAUUUAAACAAG